GGCUGUCGCAGUUAGGUGAGGUGGAAGUGAAGAGGACGCCUCGCAGUUCACCUGUCAGCAGGUACAUGACCACCGAAGAUAGGACGAAAGAUUAAGAAAAAAAAAUGAGUAACCCGCUCCCAUCCAACCUGAAGGCUGAGGCCAAGAAGGCUGCCAAGAUCCUGAGGGACUUCACUCAAAUCACCCACAGGACUGGACCGGACAAACUCAUCCCUCCUCAUGUCAUAGCGAAGGCCGAGGGUUUGGCCAUUAUCUCCGUCAUCAGGGCUGGCUUCAUGGUGACGGCCAGAGGAGGGAGCGGCAUCGUCAUUGCCAGACUCCAUGAUCGACGUUGGUCUGCCCCUUCAGCCAUCGGUAUUGCUGGUCUGGGUGGAGGCUUCGAGAUCGGGGUGGAGGUGUCGGACCUGGUCAUCAUCCUGAAUCAGCGGAGGGCGAUCGAUGCGUUCACGAAGGGCGGUAACCUGACGCUGGGGGGGAACUGCACCGUCGCAGUGGGACCUAUGGGCAGGAACCUGGAGGCUGACGUCGCCCUGCGCAGCACAGCCGCCGUCUUCACCUACUGCAGGUCCAGAGGUUUGUUUGCAGGGAUUUCUCUGGAAGGGUCCUACCUGAUCGAACGCAAAGAAACCAACCGCAAGUUCUAUGGCAGAGAUAUCAGGGCGUCGGCCAUUUUGAUGGGUGACGUUGAGCCUCCUGGAGAUUGUUGUGACCUUUACCACAUUCUGGACCUCUACACUGAGGCCUACACCACCGACUGGACCAACAAGAACCUGCGUGCUAAGUCCUUAGCUGCUCCAUCCAGACCUCCACCUCCAUCCCAGCAGAGAUCACCGUCCAGCUAUCAGCAACCUGCAGCAAGUUCUGGAAAGAAGAAUCUCUACCCAAGUGUCUCUGCCUUCAAGUCUGAAACUUCAAAUCGGUGUGUCUCCAGCAACCCUCCAAGCUACAGUCAGUUUGACUCCAGCAACCCUCCGAGUUACGAUGAAGGCUCUGUGGGCGGGGCCACUGGGCAGCUGGUUGUCACGGCAACUCAUCCGUUCACAGGGCAGCAGGCGGGUGACCUGAGCUUUGAACCGGGUGACCGGAUCACGGUCAUCACAAAGACGGAGUCUCAAUACGACUGGUGGGAGGGACGAACGGCAGAUGGGCGGGUGGGAAUUUUUCCUGCCAACUUUGUCACGUUCUAAUGGCGCCCUCUGGUGGUCAGGA